AUGCUGCUCAGUUCGCUGCUGUGGGCCACAACACUUUUGCUUUUUCACUGGCAUUCUCGACUUGUGUCGGCGCAUCGCCAUCGCGUGUUGAUCAGUGGCAUUCUCCUUUGUGGUCUUGUGUCUGCCAUGUCGAUCCUUGCGUUGGGCUUCAUGGACACACGACUUCACCUUGCUGGCCACAACAAUGCAGCAGUGCUCUUCUUCACAUCCAGUUGGACUACCGUCGGUCUGAUCUGUCUGCUUCGGCGCCGUCUUUCGAAACCUCCUCCAAGUUCGAUCAAUGUGAUUGCCGAAGGUGCUGCAGCCAUUGGGUUGGUGUCUUGUGCGUUUCGUGGCGUCGCAGCACUGUGUACAAGCGAAGUUUUCCCCAAUCUCUUGAGCCUAUCUCCUUCGCAUGUGGCUUUGGCCGAGUACGCGAUCGUGGCAGCAUUGGCGACGUUUGCUGCGACACUGAGCCACGAGGUGGCAGUUCUCACGCCUCUCGUGGAAGCGAAGUACUUUUCAAUUCUCCAACGGGGCAAAGGAAAGUAA